CCGUCAUCACCUACUUCCAAUCUCAGGUCACCAUCCAGACUCAUUAAAAGAAAUCAUGAAAAACAUAACGACUUACGCAAAAAGGUACCCACUGCGCCUGGGAGAUCUAGCACACACUUUGGGGACUCGGCGAAAAGGAUACCUCUAUCGCUCUUAUGCCGUGGUCGACGACAGAGACGACUUUGAAAUCCAGUUCUCCCCAAUUACAAAGUCAAAGGGCGCCAACAGCUCUGUCGUGAACUUUCUCUUUACUGGGCAGGGUGCUCAGUGGGCUGGCAUGGCAGCCGAAUUGCUUCACGACGUCCCAGACUUUCUCGCAUCCAUUCGGGCAAUGGACAAAACCCUGCAAUCCCUCCCGCACCCGCCGAAUUGGACAAUGGAGGAAGAGCUCCAGCGCUCAAAGGAGAUAAGCAGAAUAAAUGAACCCGAGUUCUCUCAACCGAUAUGCACCGCACUUCAAAUGGGCCUUGUCAAUUUGCUAUACACGGUUGGCAUACGGCCUGCCUCGGUAGUUGGUCACUCCAGCGGCGAGAUUGCUGCGGCCUACGCCGCGGGCGCAUUGAGUCAGGAUGCAGCAAUCAUUGUUGCAUACUAUCGUGGCCAGGUGACCAAGAAGCAAUUGAGAAAAGGAGGCAUGGCCGCUGUUGGACUUGGAAACGAAGAGGUGGCACCCUUCCUAAAGGCGACAGACCCCUCUGCAGGAAUCGUGCGAGUGGCUUGUGUGAACAGUCCGAACAGCGUUACGCUAUCGGGAGACGAUGAGGCUCUCGAUGCUGCGAUCGCCAGCAUCAAGUCUGCAAUGCCAGACUGUUUCGUCCGGCGACUCAAGGUCGACAAAGCUUAUCACUCUCACCACAUGGAGGAGAUCGGCGACAUCUACGAAACGCUUGUUAAGCCCUACGUCACACCCACGGAACUGAGAGUCCCUCUGCUUUCCAGCGUGACGUCCCAGCGCAUCAUCAGCCCUGAGCAUCUUGGAUCAUCAUAUUGGCGAAGCAACUUGGAGAAACCAGUCCUGUUCUCCUCCGCAGUACGUUCCAUGCUUCAGAUGAAAAGCCACGCAGCUUCCUCGCAAGUCUUGCUCGAAAUCGGUCCACAUUCAGCACUAGCAGGCCCUGUACGAGACAUCGUCAAAUCAAUGAGCUCUGACGCUAUCGGGACAGCACCAACUUAUAUUUCAUCGCUCAUCCGGAAUCAAGCUUCAACUCGCGCAUUCAUCUCUGCGCUUGGUCAACUGUACCAAGCUUCAGCGCCUGUUGAUCUAUCCGCGGUUCCCGGUCUCCUCGAUGCAGAUGGAACGACUUGUGCACCCGCGGUCCUCACUGACCUGCCACCAUAUCCGUGGCGACAUGAGGCAAAUUAUUGGAAUGAAAGCCGCAUCGCCCACUCCUGGAGGCAGCGCAAAUUCCCGCCUCACGAACUGCUGGGGGUGCGCACAAUGGAAGCGGAUGAUCUCGAACCAGCAUGGCGGAAUAUGCUUCGUGUCGAUGAAGCGGCGUGGAUUCGCGACCACAAGAUUCACGAUGACGUCGUCUUCCCUGCCGCGGGAUACGUGUGUAUGAUAGGCGAAGCCAUCCGACAAAUCACGUCCGGGGACGUUCCUAUCGCGGAUUUUUCUCUCAGACAGGUAGACAUCAGGACAGCAUUGGUUCUGCGAGAAGAUGAGACCAAGGAGUUGUUGACUCGCAUGAGGAGGGUGCGGCUGACAACUUCUCUCGAGUCGAGUGCUUGGUUCGAGUUUUCCAUCUCCUCCUUCAACGGCGAGACUUGGGUCAAACACUGCACGGGUCAGGCCCGCGCCAGCUCUGAUGCUGUCAUCCUGGGAGACCCAGAACUGGGAGAAGACCACCCUCGACCAGUGUCAUCUCCUCCAGCCUGGUACAGAACUAUGAAAGCAGUCGGUCUAAACUAUGGCCCGCAGUUUCAAGGUUUGACCAACAUUUCUGCCGCAUCAGAAGCGAUGACCAAAGCUGGUGACCGAAAAGCUGCUGCUACGAUUCGUGAUCGAAGCCACGACGACCAGGACAGAAUGGUUGAGACAAAGUACCAGAUCCACCCAACCGCCAUCGACUAUUGUCUACAGACUUUCAUGGUCGCGGCCGCCGCUGGUUUAUCGCGAGAACUCACUAGCUUACGCAUGCCGACGUAUAUUGAUCAGCUCUAUAUUCGUCGUGGUGCCGCCAACAUGCGAGUGGGCGUCUCAGUUGGCACCACCGAAGGUGGGCUUGUACGUGGCACCGCUACCGCCGUUUCAGACGGUCAAGUAGUCCUUUGGAUGCGCGGCGUGGAAUUGAGCUCCCUCGCCGACGGCAAUGCUACCGUAGAUGGGGGCUCCAGUGUCGACGAUGGUGUUGCCGCUGCCCAGCUUGUCUGGAAGCCAGACCUCGACUUCGCUGACCCAAGGACACUCAUCGAGUCUCAUGGGCGCGUCCGCGAUGCCUGUAUGAAGUUGGAGCGGCUUUGCCUUCUAUGCUCUCUCGAGACCCUCCGCAGGGUGCAAGACCUACCAGUUCGAAGCUCUCUGGAACACCUAGCGAAAUUUCGCACUUGGCUAGUCACUCAGCGGCAGAGGGCUGUCGACGGGAUGUACGAUCAUGUCCCAGACGCACAGGCACUCGCAUGCUUGAGCCCAGAGGAACUUGCCUCAGAGAUGUGCGCUGCACUAGCGGCCGUAGAUGAGACCUCGGGUGCUGAGGUUGGCAAAGUCAUGGUCCGCGCGGUCGAGUUCGCCCAAGCAAUCUUCCAAGGCGACAUAGAUUCCAUCGAGGUCCUGAUCCAAGAAUCUGGUCUUGAGAAUGUUUACAUCUACAUGCAGAGUUUGUGUGAGUACGAGAGGUAUUUCGAGUUGCUGGGACAUUCGAACCCGUGUCUGCGAAUCCUUGAGAUUGGUGCAGGAACCGGGGGCACCACUGAGGGCGUUCUCAAGGGCUUGACGCGGCCCGACAGCACUGGGCAGCCACUUCGCCGCUACUCCCAAUACGAUUAUACCGAUGUGUCGGUCGGCUUCUUUGGUAAUGCGCAGCAAAGGUUCAAGGAAUAUGAGAAUAUUCAAUACCGUGUCUUGGACAUUACUCGCGAGCCCGGCACCCAGGGCUUCGAAGAAGGCUCAUACGACCUCGUGUUGGCGUCGAAUGUACUUCAUGCAACGCCGAGCCUAAAAGAGACAUUGUCUAAUGUUCGCCGGUUGCUCAAACCGGGUGGUAAGCUCUUUCUUCAAGAACUUAGUCCAGUCUAUCGAGCGAUCAACUACAUCAUGGGCUUCCUUCCGGGCUGGUGGCUUGGAGACUUGGACGGACGCCCCAAUGAGCCAUACGUAGAGCCAUCCCGAUGGGAUUACGAGUUGCGCAAAACCGGGUUCUCGGGUGUUGACUCCGCCAUUUUCGACGACGAAGCACCAUAUCACCUAAAUGCAAAUAUCAUCGCCACAGCAGUCUCGGAUUCACUCCCACAGGGCGUUGCAGCACGACGACAUAUCAGCCUACUCUGUACCACUAGAGAUAGCUCAAUGGUCACGCAGCUACACAAUACGCUGGUGGAACAGGGUCACGAGGUGACUUUCGCAUCGCUCGAUGAUGCACCCAGAGAAAACUGCUUUAUCAUCUCCUUACUGGACCUGGGAGAGCCUUUCUUCUAUUGCAUGUCAGCCGAAAAGCUGAACAAGCUCCAGUCAUAUCUUAGUCACAUAGCGCCAUCGACGGCACUGUUGUGGGUGACCGGGUUAGGACAGGUGGGCUGCAAGGAUCCUGUCUACGCAUCAACUCUCGGAGCUGCAAGGACCAUCCGCUCGGAGCUCGCCGUCGACUUUGCAACAUUAGAGCUAGACCUCAGCCGAUUGCCACUGCGACUUUAUGUUGACACAAUCAUUAAAGUUUGCGAGAAGAUCGAACACAAUCGCCGGCUCAAGGGCUCCGGCGAUCUCGAUCCUGACUGGGAAUUUGCAUCAAUCGAUGGCCAAGUCCUGAUACCUCGAUAUAAUUGGAUUGGAAUUGGUCAAAAUGUUCAAUCAAUCUCGCGGAUCAGUGAAAGCGCAUCAGAAGCUUCGCACGAUGACGAAGUGCUUCAGCUGGCCGUCGGUCGUCCAGGUCAGCUCCAGAGCUUGACAUGGAUUGCUGGUCAGGAAUUACCCACACUUGGCCUGGACCAGAUUGACAUCGAACCUCGGGCGGUGGGCUUGAACUUCAAGGACGUUCUGGUAGCCAUGGGCAUUGUUCAGGGGCUCAAGCCCGGGCUCGGCCUCGAAUGCGCUGGCAUUGUCCGACGGGUAGGCUCAGAAGUGCGGGAUCUACACGUCGGCGAUCGCGUAGUAGCUUUCGACCAUGGCUUCUUCGGGAGUCGUGUAAUAACGUCUUCAAAACUCACAGCCAAAAUCCCAGGCACUCUUACCUUUGAGGAGGCAGCGACCAUGCCAUGUGUCUACUCUACCGCCAUGCACGCCCUAGUUCAAGUCGGCGGCCUGCAGUCGGGUCAGUCUGUCUUGAUACACUCCGCGUGUGGUGGUGUGGGAAUCGCGGCGAUCAACAUUUGCAGAAUGAAAGGCGCUGAGAUCUUCGCCACCGUUGGCAAUCCGGAAAAGGCUUACUUCUUGAUGAAGGAGUUUGGCAUCAGACAAGACCACAUUUUCCACUCCCGUGACGGUUCCUUUCAUACAGACCUCAUGGAGGUCACCAACGGUCGUGGUGUCGACCUGGUCCUUAACUCACUCUCUGGCGAACUUCUCCAUACAUCUUGGAAGUGUGUCGCCGAAUUCGGCAAGAUGCUAGAGAUUGGCAAGCGUGACUUUGUUGGCCGUGGGCAGUUGGCCAUGGACACAUUUGAGGCCAAUAGAAUGUUUGUGGGUGUUGAUAUGAGCCGAAUGGCCAUCGGAAGACCCGACAUGUUCAAAAGGAUUCUUGAAGAAUGCAUGGACUGCUUUUCCAAGGGGCUGAUUGACCCUAUCCACCCCAUCAAGACCUUCCCGGCGUCUCAAGUUGUGGGCGCCUUCCGCCACAUGCAAAAAGGCCAACAUAUUGGUAAAAUUGUCGUCACUAUGCCCGAAAAUUAUGACACCACUCCCACCUCAGAUAUGGAGGUCAUUCGUCCUGCAAGGCCGGUUCAGUUCAAGUCAGAUGCAUCGUACCUCCUCGUGGGCGGCCUGGGCGGUCUUGGCCGUGCCGUUUCUACGUGGAUGAUCGAGAAUGGUGCGCGCAAUCUCGUGUACUUGUCUCGCUCCGGUGGCGAAUCCUUACAGGACAAGGCUUUUGUCCGAGAGCUGGCUGCCCAGGGAUGCAAUGCCCAGGUAGUAAAGGGAGAUGCUGCGUAUCAAAGAGACGUGGAGAAGGCCAUCCGCAGCACUGACCAGCCCAUUGCCGGCGUCCUUCUGAUGUCUAUGGUUCUUCAGGACCGGGCUUUCCUCAAGUUGACGCUGGAUGAUUGGCAAGCAGCUGUCACUCCCAAAGUUGACGCUUCUUGGGCAGUGCAUAAUGCGCUUGAAAGUACCCAGACCAAUCUCGACUUCAUGGUACUCUUUAGUUCCUUAUCUGCCGUGAUGGGACAAGUCGGCCAGGCAAACUAUGCCUCAGGAAACACAUUCCUUUCUGCAUUCGCACAAUACCGACACGCACUAAAUUUACCCGCUUCGGUGCUGGACAUUGGCGUCAUGGAAGAUGUCGGCUACGUCUCCGAAAACCAGGCAAUUCUCGAGCAAUUCCGCAGUCUGGGCUACUACACGCUGAAAGAGAAAGGGCUCUUAGACGCGCUCACAUUCAGCAUCAUGAACCAGAAGCCCGGGGCCGCGAACGCCUCACAGCUACUCAACUCAACGGAGAUUGUCAUCGGCUUGCGGAGCAUACAGCCAGUCUCGGACGCAACGACACGAGUCCUGUGGAAGCGCGACCGCCGGAUGGCACUGUCGCACCUCAAACACGCGAGCUCAUCUGCGGACGACACAACGGCCGCGACAUCCGGCAGCCAAGACCUCGCUAUGUUCGUUAGCAAGGUCGCAGAUCAACCUCAUCUCAUCGAGCAAGAAGAAACCCAGGAGUUCCUCACGAGGCAAAUCGGUGCUCGGCUCUACGCCUUCAUGUUCCAACCUGAGGAGGAUCUCGACGUUAACCUCAGCCUCACAGCCUUGGGCAUCGAUUCUCUCGUGGCAAUCGAGAUCCGGAACUGGUGGCGCCAAACGUUUGGGUUGGAGUUAUCUGUUCUAGAGAUAAUGAGUGCUUCCAGUAUCAAGGCUCUGGGAAAGCUGGCUAUUGAUGGACUGAGAAAGGAUCACCGGCGGGACACUGGCAAUUGAUUUCACGCAUGCGCCACCAUUUCAUGAUAUAAUUUAAGGAAUUUUUACUCCUUACCUGUAAAGCAAACCUUCUUCGCCUCGGUUGCCAAGCUGAUUGCCUCCACGCCGUGGUGGGAGCCAUCUUCACAGCCAAAACCCAGUAGCAUACAAAGUAUCAAGGGAUUCAGGGGAAAUGGCUUAGUACACGUUGACUCUUUCACAUUUUAACUGC